AUGAUCCGUGCUAGUGUGGUGAUUGGGCAGCUGCUGACCAGUCUAACACCCCCAGAGACCAGUCUAACACCCCCCAGAGACCAGUCUAACACCCCCAGAGAACAGUCUAACACCCCCAGAGACCAGUCUAACACCCCCAGAGACCAGUCUAACACCCCCAGAGACCAGUCUAACACCCCCAGAGACCAGUCUAACACCCCCAGAGACCAGUCUAACACCCCCAGAGACCAGUCUAACACCCCCAGAGACCAGUCUAACACCCCCCAGAGACCAGUCUUAACACCCCCAGAGACCAGUCUAACACCCCCAGAGACCAGUCUAACACCCCCAGAGACCAGUCUUAACACCCCCAGAGACCAGUCUAACACCCCCAGAGACCAGUCUAACACCCCCAGAGACCAGUCUAACACCCCCAGAGACCAGUCUAACACCCCCAGAGACCAGUCUAACACCCCCAGAGAACAGUCUAACACCCCCAGAGACCAGUCUAACACCCCCAGAGACCAGUCUAACACCCCCAGAGACCAGACUAACACCCCCAGAGACCAGUCUAACCCCCCAAGAGACCAGUCUAACACCCCCAGAGACCAGUCUAACACCCCCAGAGACCAGUCUAACACCCCCAGAGAACAGUCUAACACCCCCAGAGAACAGUCUAACACCCCCAGAGACCAGUCUAACACCCCCAGAGACCAGUCUAACACCCCCAGAGACCAGUCUAACACCCCCAGAGAACAGUCUAACACCCCCAGAGAACAGUCUAACACCCCCAGAGACCAGUCUAACACCCCCAGAGACCAGUCUAACACCCCCAGAGACCAGACUAACACCCCCAGAGACCAGUCUAACCCCCCAAGAGACCAGUCUAACACCCCCAGAGACCAGUCUAACCCCCCAAGAGAACAGUCUAACACCCACAGAGACCAGUCUAACACCCCCAGAGACCAGUCUAACACCCCCAGAGACCAGUCUAACACCCCCCAGAGACCAGAUGACUACAUCAGGAAUGUGGAGGAAACCCCGGGCUCGGAUGAAACUGUGGACACCACCAAGGAUCCGUGCCAGAAGGUGAAGUGUAGCCGCCACAAGAUCUGUGUUGCCCAGGGUUACCAGAGAGCAAUGUGUGUCAAUGUCAACCGGAAGAAGCUGGAGCACAGAAGCAGACAGCCUGUAGAGCUAAUGCCUCAUGAGAACACCUGUAAGCCCUGCCCUGUGGCCGCUGCCUCCCCUGUGUGUGGUACGGAUAAACACAACUACGCCUCUCAGUGUAAGUUGGAGCAGCAGGGCUGUUUAACAGGGAAGGAUCUGAGUGUGAAAUGCCAGGGCAUGUGCCCCUGUGCCACCGCUGCCACCCCCAUCACAGAGACCGAGGACAAACACGCAGAGAGCUGUACCGGGCAGGACCUGGCAGACCUUGGAGACCGCCUCAGAGACUGGUUCCAACUGCUCCAUGGAAACGCCAAGCAGAACAACUCAGGCAAGCCUGGACCUGGCACCGCCUCAGUCCUGGACAAGAGCCUGGUGGCCAGCUGUAAGGAUUCCAUAGGCUGGAUGUUCUCUAAGCUGGAUACUAAUACUGAUCUGUAUCUGGACCAGGCCGAGUUGGCAGCUAUCAACCUGGACAAGUAUGAGGUGUGCAUCCGGCCCUUCUUCAACUCCUGUGACGGCUACAAGGAUGGGAGGGUCUCCACCGCAGAGUGGUGCCUCUGCUUCUGGAGGGAGAAGCCCGCUUGUCUGGCUGAACUAGAGAGGAUCCAGGUUCAACAAGUGGCCAAGAAGAAGCCUGGCAUGUACAUCCCCAGCUGCGAUGAGGACGGCUACUACAGGCAGCUGCAGUGUGACCAGAGCAUGGGAGAGUGUUGGUGUGUUGACCAGCACGGAGGAGAAAUUAUGGGCUCUAGAAUCCAUGGCAACCCUGACUGUGAUGAACUGCUGGGAUAUUCCGGAGAUUUUGGGAGUGGCGUGGGAUGGGAGGAUGAGGAGGAGAAGGAGGAGAACGGAGAAGAGGUGGAGGAGGAGGAGGAGGAGGAAGAGGGGGAGGCAGACGAUGGAGGAUACAUCUGGUAGAAACUGAACCCAAACGGAGAACCUGGUCAGGAUGGAUCCACUGGCCUACAACUACAGGGAUGAUGGCUGAGGCUUGCGUCCAAAAUGGCACCCUAUUCCCUAUGUAGUGCACUACUAUUGACCAGGUCUCAUAGGGACACCCAUAGGGGUCUGUCAAAAGUAGUGCACUAUAUAGGGAAUAGGGUGUCAUUUGGGAUGCAAACAUUUUUGUCUCCUAACAGCAAAAGAUUUGGGGAUUUUGGGGCAUGGAAUUCUGUCUCUAUUGUCGCCGUGUGGAUC